CAAGUCGCCCAGUUAGGCCCAGAAGGCCUUUACUAGUAGCCAACCGUUGUAGAGGAAAAGAAGCUUCUGACAGCACCGAGUCGACGGCGAGGCACCGAUGUUUGCAGCCGGCGCUGCCCUCUCUCGACGCCGGGCCUCGUUGGAACUGCUUCGCCAAUUGCGCCGGACCACUUCUGUCGCCCCACCACAGCCUCCCUCCCUCUCCACCGUCGCGGUGGCGGCAGAGGGCAUCGGCCCACCGCCGAUUCGCGUCUCGCUCACCGAGUCAGCCGGCCGAGGCGUGUUCGCUACCCGAGGAAUCGCCGCCGGCGAACUCAUCCACUCCGCCCAGCCUCUCGUCGCCCACCCCUCGCCGUCUCUCCUUGACAAAGUCUGCUAUUACUGUCUGAGGCGGUUGCAAAAGGAGGCAUCUCCGAUCGGUACCUCUAUACCGGGAGAGAACGAGAACUCGAAGACUACCACUUGCUAUUUCUGCAGCGAGAGUUGCAGAGAACAAUCUAAGGGUUUCUAUGAGGUCGAGAAGGGACUAGAUUGGACUUUGUUUGAUGACCAUUGCAGUAUGAGGAGAUUGAAAUAUCCUUUGAUGGUGAAGCGGCUGGCUUGUAUGAUUUUAUCAGGAGCAGCAUCUGUAGAUUGCCUUGACAUACUCCAACCAGCCAGUUUACAUCCUGAGACACUUCUGGAGAUGGAGGAUGAGUUUCAAUUGUUGAAGGACACUUUUACGAAGGGGCAGUUUAAAAAUGACUCAAUGACAUUUUUAACCAAGGAGUGGUACAUCAAUGUGCUUGCAAGGAUUCGUAUAAAUUCUUUUCGCAUUGAGUUGGUUGCAAAAACUUAUGAAGAAAUGCUUACAUCAGCGGCUGCCUUCAUUGCAGCUGAUGCUGCUGUUGGGAAUGCUAUUUAUAUGCUUCCAUCAUUCUACAAUCAUGAUUGUGGAAAUGUUUACUGAAGCAAAAAGUGAAUACCUUUCUGUUGUGGAAUUUUUAAAUGGUUCAUCUUAAGGAUAAAAAUUCCAUUCCAUUGACACGGGGGGUACCAGCUGGUGGCUAAAAGUCUAUAUGUUAUGCCAUCCCUAGAGAUUGCCGUAUCUGCUACUGGAUUUAAACUUCCCUCCAAGGAUGAUAUGCGGUUCAUGUAUGUUAAAGAGAUCCAAAUGCACAUAUCAUCUGGUUAGAUAAUGCAAAUGCAAAGUUGAAGGCCCUUUGUAACAUCGAAGCAGGUGAGGAGCUUCGCAUUUGCUAUAUUGAUGCCAGCGUGGAAUUUGAGGCUCGACAGAAAAUUC